CAGUUAUUCAUCGACUCAUAGUUAUAUUUUUAAUUAAAUUAUUAUUAUAUUUUAUUUAAAUUACUUAUUCAAUUUUAAGACUACAAAUGAGCCUAUUAAACAGAAUAUUGUCUAUGUGCAAAGCUUAUGCAUAUAUGGAACCUAUAGUCAUAAAUAAUACUGUUGACCAUUUAAAAUAUGGUUCUACAGGUGAACUACUAUGUCAAAAUAUCAGAAGUGAAUGGUUGUAUAGCAAUGUUACUAGUAGAGAUGAAAGUGUAUUUCAAUUUUGUAACGUCUGGGAAAAACAUUUCAAUGAUAUUAUAAGUCUUAAAGAUCCGUUUAUGAAUGCUAAACAGUUUUCCAAUAAUCAACUACCAUUCGGUUUCGCUGAUUCAAGAAGUCUCUGUGAACAACCAGAUUUAAUGGAUUCUAGAGUUGGAGAUAGAAAAUGUUUUAGCCCAAAGAAUUUUACAAGAUUUAAGUAUUUUGCAUUUUGUAUACCAGAAGAAGGUCAACAAUUUUUUUAUCACUGGCAAAGACAACGCAAAAUUUGGUGGAGAAAAUUCUCUGCCAAUCCCGGUAGAUUUUCAUUGACCGAAAUAUCGACUGAUGAUAAUGGGCAAGAGAGCACGGAAAUCCGAGCUGAAUUUGAAUGGGGACAGGAGACAAUUGAAACCAUACGUAACGUAAGCACUAAAAUGUUUGAUAGUCUCGAGCCAGCAGAACAAGAAAUAUUUUUAUCAAGAGUAGGAAAAAGAAAAGUCUUGCCUCACAUAGUGGAAAGUGAAACUAGUCUUGAGAAAGCGUGUAUGGUGUUUCUGUGUGAUGGAUAUACAGAAUUGCCUUAUCAUAAUGAUCGCAGGGAAGUUUUCCGGUUCCAUCGUAAAUUGGCUCCAUAUAAAAUAACAUUUGCGGCUCCGCUAUUAAAUGCCAAAAAAGCUGACGAACUGAGGCAACUUUCUGUGUACUUGGGACUUAAUUUAAAAAAAUCUGGGGUGUCUACCUUAAUAACUCCAAACAUGGCGAAAAAGUCUCUCGAAUCGCAGUUCACAGAUUCUGACUGUCUAGGCAUACCUUAUAUAGCUGUACUCAAUGAGUCUACUUUAGAAGAUGGUAUUGUAGGACUCCGAAGUAUUGAAACCACACUCGAGGAAAAAAUUCAUGUGGCCAAUUUGACUUCUUAUGUUGAACUACUCAUAAAAAAUUACUGAUUAUGUAACUACCACUAUUAAAUGUAAUUUAAAUAAAUU